CAAAAAAAAGAAAGUAUUUCCCAAAGAAGAAUCGGGAGAAGUGUCCGAUGGAGAAAGACACGGCGACGGCGGCGACGGCGACAGCGGCGGCGAGGGUGUGCCGGCGGUGCAAGGCGAAGUACUCCCCGUCGGACAACACGCCGCGGUCCUGCAGGUUCCACCCCUCCUUCUUCGUCUGCCGCCGCCACGACGACCAGAAGAGGUACUACGAGCUCAAAGACGGCGAUCCUCCGUACGCCGCCAAGUUCUACGACUGCUGCGGCGCCGAGGACCCCGACGCCGCCGGCUGCGCCACCGGAUUCCACCUCUCCUACGACGACCCCGAGUAAAGAAAGAGCCAACCAACAGUCGAGUACGCUUGCUUUGUUCCUCUCCUCUGAAGCGAACCCAGUGUUCUGUUACUUUGUACAGUCAGUAGAGCAAACACCCACCUGAAUUGUGUGUAUAAAUCAGGGUUCAGAAUAAAAAUCCUAUCCUGUAAUACCAGUGUUGAGAAUAAAAUCGUCAGAAUGAAUUA